GAUUAUUUUUUAAUUUGUUGUUUUGUAAAUUUUUGUUACAAUGGCCACUAACACGGGUCAAUUUACGUGUCCUUUUAUCUGUCCAACAACUGAAAAGACACUAGAUAAGACUGUUUAUAAAGAAGCUGGCCAAUCAAGAGACGGGGAGCAUGGCAGCACGGGGCCGUAUGUACCCGGAUGUAUCCAGCCUCCAGAGCCAAAGGUAUACGCACCUGGAGCUCCUCCUCGCUAUCUACCUCAGCCCACAGAUAGCACGAGUGGUGAUAUACUGACAAUGGGUCCCAUAGGUCCCUGGGCAGCCGGUCACUUAGAUUGGACUCCGCAAGCAGGCACAACAGGCGUCCGACCUGUUGUUGAUAAGUAUUCCAUCACCAGAUACUCUACAGGUGAAUGGCGAAAGAAUAAUCAAUACACACUUACACCCAGAGCAACGGACAAAGCUACAGCUUUAGAAACCCAAACCAAAAAGGAUAUCGAAAAUGCCUUUACGAAUUUGGACAACAAAUUAGAUGAUUCGAAUAAAAAACUUAAGAAACGCGUUAAAGAUCUCGCUUAUUGGAAGAAAGAAGUUGAAAAAGCAUUAGCUGCAUUGACUGAGGAAAUUGAUACAUUAGACAACGAUAGAGCGAAGUUAAAAGGCGCGUGCCGUAUACUAAUGAUGCCGGAAGCUAUAUCUAGAGAAUGUUUGGAAUUGCGAACUGGUAGAUACGAACCGGAUCUGGUGAGAGACGAGGCUGAACAGGAGUUGAUAAAAGAAGUAGCUAUCGUGGGUGAAAUACGAAGGGUCUUCAUGAAUACACUAGCAAAAGUUGAAGAACAAAUGGUAAUUAAUAAAGCAGCGAAGUCUUGGAUCGAAUACGAUUGGGGCGAUAAAAUGUCCAGUUUGAGUGUUGAUAGAAAGAACGUCACAUUAACACCUGAUUCGAAUUUAUUGUUGUGGCAUCCGGGAGUAGCAAGGUGGCCGGAGAAUGCAACUUCUCUUGAAUAUUGGGAGCAUUAUUGCGCUGAGAGUAUUCGCAACUGUGAAGAAAUUAGGAAGAAAUCUGAAGAUCUCCGUGGUGACCUCAUGACUGCAAUCAUUAAUGGCAGUAGAGACAUGAAACUCCAGGCUGAUAGAACAAACGCAGCUUUAGCCGAAACUGUCGCAGCCACAGAGGAGCUCUGCGAAAAAUUGCAAGAAAAUCUCAAGGACAACUUGAAGAAAAUCGCCGACAUUGAAAACCUGAUAGAUUACCUCAAAGAAUCGCUUAGAAAAGUGGAUGAACGUAACAAGUGUGUGAUGACACGACUGCACAAUCGGAAUUACGAAAGAUUGGAUGUAGAGAACUGUAGAGACGAGGCGCAGUACGCGUUGAUGGCGGAAGCUAAGUUUAUUAGAGAGACGUCGGAGUCUCUGCAGGAUAAGUUGCGGCAGGCUGAAGCGGUGAGAUCAGAGCUGAUGAAGUAUAGAGGAGAGUUGGAAAAGGACAUUGCCUGUAAGAGGAAGAGUCUUAACAUCGAUCAGGACAGGUGCGCCCGCGUCCGAGCGCAUAUGCCUACACCUGAGGAAUUCGCUGGUGGCUAAGAUUUCAGACGCUGACUCAUUGCGUUUUUAACCUCGUGGCAUUUAAAAUAAAUAAAAGGUUAACACUAAGGUUGACGA